UAUUGGUUAGAAGAAUGUCUGGUCGCGGUAAAGGUGGAAAAGGUCUUGGGAAAGGAGGUGCUAAGCGCCAUCGCAAAGUUCUCCGUGAUAACAUCCAGGGCAUUACUAAGCCAGCGAUUCGUCGUUUGGCUCGCCGUGGAGGCGUAAAGCGUAUAUCCGGUCUCAUCUACGAAGAGACUCGUGGAGUCCUGAAGGUGUUUUUGGAGAAUGUGAUCCGCGAUGCCGUCACCUACACUGAGCACGCCAAGCGAAAGACCGUCACCGCUAUGGAUGUAGUUUAUGCUCUGAAACGUCAGGGUCGCACUCUGUACGGCUUCGGAUGAGCCAGCCCCUGGUCCAGACUCUGGUAAAGGGUCUGCAACAUCUUCCUCCUCAACAUCUUCUGCAACAUCUUCCUCCUCCCAGGCAGUCAGGAGGGGAGGCCUAUGGGUGUACAUGGUCAGGGGCAGAGGUGUGGUGGUGUCUGAAGAGGCGGAGGUCCGGGAGGUGGUCAGGGAGUUCUUUGAGGGCCUUUACAGCGAGAGGCCCUCAGAUGGGGCUCUCAUGGACACCUUCCUGGGCUGCCUGGACAGACGCCUGGAUGUGAGCAGAUGGAACUGGAAUUGAGCAUCGAGGAGCAGGGCUGUGCACUCCCUCAAUUAACACAAAGCUCCAGGUCCUGAUGGUCCAUGAGCGGCGUUUUACCAGGCUUACUGGGAUUUCCUAAAGGAGGACAUAGCGGAAGUGUUCUGGGCUGCAUACGGGGAGGAGCGGUUAGGCGCCUCAGUGAGACAGAGCUCAGUAGCUCUUGUCCCAAACAAGGGGGACCUGAAGGACCUCCGCAACUGGCGGCCGAUCAACCUCCUCUCAGUCGACUAUAGGAUCAUGGCGAAGGCGCUGAUGAGGAGGUUCCAAGGCCUGAUAACAUCGGUGAUCGGACCGGACCAGACCUGCAAUGUGCAGGGUAGGUCCAUAAAUGACAACCUGCUCCUCGUGAGGGAUUUAAUUAUCCACUUUGGGGAGCGGAGGUCCCCCUUGUGCCUUCUCAGCCUCGACCAGGAGAAGGCAUUUGACCGGGUGAGUCACGUGUGCUUGGAGAGAGUGCUGGAGAAAAUGAACAUUCCUGGUCUCCUGCACUAGACAAAAAUUUGUCUGACAGGAAUAAUGGGCAGAGUGGUUGUCAACCAGCAGCCCACUGCCCCAUUUGCAGUCAGGUCUGGUGUCAGGCAGGGGUGCCCUCUAGCAUCUCUUCUGUACAUUGUAAGCCAGUCAUAAGUAACAUUUGGUGUCAUGCACUGGUCAGCUUGCUGACUUCCCCCUCCCGGAGCAUACAUUGUUAGCCCCCACCUUUUGGCACAAAUGCCUGUGGGGGAGAGCUAGAGAAGGGUUCUUAGAGGUGCCUUCUUGGGCCCUGGGGGCCCCCCUUUUCUCACAUUCCUUACAGGUUAGAGCACAGGAAAACUGGAGAUGGCAUAAAGAUGUUUCAUGAUAAUCCCAGGUCAGAAUAUAGUAAUAUUUGGUGUUAUUCUGAUUGGUUCAGUGCAACUGGUGUAAUGGUCUAGUUUUUGUAACAGUCUACCUUUGAUAUCAUAACCAUUCAGGAGCCAAGGGGAAACUGGGCAAAAUCUGUCUCUGUAGAAGCCAUGUGUUUUAGCCCUCUGACCACUGCCUGGUGGGGCUAGCUGUAAAUUACAGAUGGGUGACUCACUUUUAGGGUCAAGAACUAAGGCCUGGAUUUCGGAGAUAAAGAGAAGAAACCAAGUAAUCUGGGGUUGUGUCUUUUUUCCUUUAAUUCACCCAAAUCAGGUUUAUCCAAAAGGUAUAUUACCAUGAGAGGCACAAAUACAUAUUUACAGCAUAAUGCAGUUAUAAUGAAAACUCCCAACUACAGCAUUCAUAGAUAUGAUGGAGCAGCCUGUAGCAUAGUGGUUAAGGUCAGGAAGGGCUGCCAUUUGUGAGGGGCCUGAGAGACCUGUUGGGGAGUUUCAGGCAAAGAUAAGAGAAAAGAUGUAUGAGUGGUCCAAGGGCAGUUGGGUCAUGGGAAAAGAAUCCUCCAGGACAUUGGUGACCCCCCUGUGACCCCAUACCUGGUCACUUCCAAGAGGGAAGGCUCCGGACAAUGCCACAGUGCCCUCAUUUGGGCACUGCUGCCAUUACACCGGUGACUGCUCUCCUAGAUUAAAUAUUCAAAACUGCUAUUAAGAUAGUAAAUAGACCCGGUAAAACCUUGAAAACAUUGUCCAUGUGAUCCAUGUAUCAUUCCAUUAAGUCUUAUGUAAUGGUAACAGGAAUUGCAUGUAAAAUGGAUAAUCAGGAGGGAAGUUUCAUGAUAACUGCAACAUAAUAAAACAUAAGGGUAAUCUGUUUGGUAUGGAUGUGAUCUGGUAAAAUCAAGGAAUCGGAUGAGAUACAUUUCAUACCAAAUGGAGUUUAAUAAACCAUAGUUUCAGUAACUCAAGGGAAAACCUACAUGUCCUCUCCUGGUAAUCAUCUCAUUUUCCCUACUUAACAACCCCCAAGGGUGGGGGUCUAAAUUCCAGAUUUGACCACCCCUCCAGGUUGAUUUAUGGCACUGCCGCCUGGUUCCAAAUGUAUGAUUUGGCAUAAAAGCAAGGGAGACAGACCAAUCUGGGAAGAUCGUAUUUGACUUCCCACACAGCAGAUUGUAUGUGUAUGUAAGUAUCAGGAAGGUCGUAUUCGACCUCCCACACAACAUGUCUUGUGUAUGUAUGUAUGUAUGUGUGUAUGUGUAGCAGCGGAAGACCGUAUUCGACUUUCCACACAACAUAUUCUAUACUCUGUGUUUGUGUGUAGUCCAAGCAGGCUAGGUAUGAUUAUUUACUCUAUCUCUAUUCUUAAUUUGUGUAUUUUGUAAUUGAUUGUGAUAUUCUAAAGCUAAUAACCUACCUGUCUGCGAAUAAACUAUUUUGUUUGUAACUUG